AAUUAUAAGGCCCUGUGCUGAAGCCUCCCCGGUCGCCGGUGACCCUGUUAGCCAGCUUUAAUGUCAACUCUCUGGCUCAAAGUGGAGGGAAUUACCCCACUUUUUAGUCUGCAAUCAGUGAAAAAGAAGAGGCAACACAGCAAAAUGCAGAGCUUGACUCAAUUUCAACCCAUGCGCUCCUUUCAGGCUCCUACUGCUCUUGUUUUUCUGGUGAAACACAGGGUCAGGAACUGUGCGGAUAAACCCCGAGGGUUUUGACAUUCAGGUCUUCUCUCUUUUUGAGUUUUAAUUUUUUUUUUUUGCUCCUCUUCUGGCCUCGGUGCUUUUUGGAGAGGGGCCCAAAUGAUGGGGCGGUGUUGCUCAGGCAUAUGCAGAACCCUGGCUUUCCUGGCGCUCCUGUUUCCCCUGUGGGAGAGGGGCUGCUGGGGACUGAAUCCCACCUCUGGGGAUCUGGAGAAGUCCCCUCACUCUGAUCCAGACCCCUGGGAGGUCCUGCACAGGCAACGCAGCUGGGUAUGGAACCAGUUCUUCGUAUUGGAGGAGUACACGGGGAACGAACCACUCUAUGUUGGCAAGCUACACUCAGAUGUGGACAAAGGAGAUGGAAAGGUGAAGUAUGUGUUAUCAGGCGAGGGCGCCACUUCCAUCUUCACCAUUGAUGAGAACACAGGAGACAUCCACGCUACGAAGCGCCUUGAUCGAGAGGCUCAGGCUUACUACACCCUUCAAGCUCAAGCUGUCGACCGACUCACCAACUUACCUGUAGAGCCCCGGUCUGAGUUUGUAGUCAAGGUGCAGGACAUCAACGAUAAUGAACCCAAGUUUCUGGAUGGACCGUACCUGGCAGGGGUACCGGAGAUGUCGCCCUUAGGAACCAUGGUGGUGCAAGUGGCGGCCACAGAUGCAGAUGACCCAACAUAUGGGAAUAGCGCCAGGGUGGUCUACAGCAUCAUCCACGGACAGCCGUACUUUUCAGUGGAGCCAAAGACAGGGGUCAUCAGGACAGCUCUGCCCAACAUGGACCGGGAGACGAGGGACCAGUAUGUGCUCGUCAUCCAGGCCAAAGACAUGGUGGGCCAGAUGGGCGGCCUGUCCGGCACCACGUCCGUCACUGUCACGCUCACCGAUGUCAACGACAACCCGCCACGGUUCACUCACAAGAGCUAUCAGUACACAGUGCUGGAGUCGCUGCCAGUGCAAUCUGUGGUGGCCAGAAUCAAAGCGGCCGACGCUGAUAUAGGCUCCAACGCCGAGAUGGACUACAGGAUCAUGGACGGCGACGGGCCUGGCAUGUUCAACAUAACAACAGACGAGAACACACAGGAAGGGGUCAUCAUCCUGCUAAAGCCUUUAGAUUUUGAAACAAAGAGCAGCUUUUCUCUGAGAAUCGAAGCCACAAACAGGAAUAUUGACUCCAACUUCUUGAGUUUGGGCCCGUUCAGCGACACAUCAUCAGUCAAGGUGACAGUGGAAGACGUGAACGAGCCGCCGGUCUUUUCCACGCCACUUAGCAAGAUGUCUGUCUCGGAGGACGCCAAAGUGGGCACCUCAAUCGGGAGAGUCUCUGCCCACGACCCAGAUACCUCCAACAGUGGAAUCAGAUAUUCCAUUGACAGGAACACAGACUUGGAGCGCUUCUUUAAUGUGGAUGCUCUGAGUGGGGUCAUCAGCACAGCCAAGCCUCUGGACCGAGAAGCCAACUCAGUCCAUAACCUCACCAUCUUUGCCAUCGAGAGCCAGGAUCCAAUGGAAAUUGGCAAAGGCAUCGCUCUCAUCACAGUGCUGGACAUAAACGAUAAUGCGCCCGUGUUUGCCAUAGACUAUGAAACUCUCCUCUGCGAAAAUGCCAUGCCAGGACAGGUGAUCCAGACCAUCAGUGCCGUGGAUAAAGACGAACCUCUGAGCGGCCAUCGCUUUUAUUUCGCCCUCGCUGCACCUGUUGCUGGAAACCUCAACUUCACUCUGCGAGACAAUAAAGACAACACGGCGUCCAUACUGACAAAGCGAGGUGGCUUCAGGAGGCGAGAGCAGCCUGUGUAUCGACUGCCCGUGUUGAUUGUGGACAGUGGAAGUCCUGCCCUCAGCAGCACCAACACGCUCUCGGUGCGGGUUUGCGACUGCGACUCUGACGGCGUGGCCUUGUCUUGUGGAGCUGUGGCCUACACAUCGACUGGCCUGAGCACCGGCGCCCUCCUGGCUAUUUUGGGCUGCAUCAUCACACUUCUGGUGAUGGUUCUGCUGAUUGUGACGAUGCGCCGGAGGAGGAAGGAGCCUCUGAUUCUCGAGGAGGAGAGGGACAUCAGAGAGAACAUCGUCCGCUACGACGACGAGGGAGGCGGCGAGGAGGACACAGAGGCCUUCGACAUGGUCACUCUACGCAACCUCAAUGUCAUCAGAGACCCCAACGUGCGGCGAGAUGUCACACCGGACACUCCCACCUUCUUUCAUUACCCAGCCUCUCGUCCGUCUUAUAAAUCCCUGCCAGACAACGUGGUGUUUCGAGAGUUUAUUUGGGAGCGACUGAAGGAUGCUGAUGUGGACCCGUCAGCUCCCCCGUAUGACUCCCUGCAGACGUACGCUUUUGAAGGUAGCGGCUCUGUAGCUGAGUCGCUAAGCUCACUGGAGUCACUAAGUACAGACUCAGAUCAGAACUAUGACUAUCUCAGCAACUGGGGACCACGCUUCAAAAAGCUGGCCGACCUGUACGGCAACAGCGACGGCACCAGUGUCUUCUCAUAGCCCCUGAAAGUCUCCCUUAACAUUUCUCGGACUAAAAAAACAAAACAAAAGUAAUUUAUUGUCAGAGAAGAUGAUUUUGUCUGCCUUAGUGCAUUGGAGGGAAAAGAUUCAAAGACAACACAAGAGAUUGAGAGAAAAACACUUUGACUUCAAAGGUUUUUUUGGUUUGUUUACCUCCCUGUAUGGAUUUUCAAAAAGCGUGCCGUGGUGAGUUUUGACACAGACUUCAAAAGUGGCUUGACUGGAGGAGGAAACCUUGCGUGCAAAAAGACAUUAAAGGUUUCAGAUUUUGGGCUACAGUCCAACCAGUGACUGCAGAAUGCAUACAUGUUGGAGCCUUUGUACGAGGAGGCACCUGUCCUUUCAUUCCAGCGAUGGGCACGGGCCCAGCACUCCUGCUUUGAUGCAUUCCUUUGCUAUCUUUGUGCUAAAAAAAAUCUCAAAUUUCUCAUGAAAUGCCGGGUCCCUGGAGGCUAAUCAGUAGUCACUUGACUGUUCAUGUGAAAUUUGACAGCAUUUUGUAUGGGGUUUUUUUUUUUCCUUCUUCUUUUUUUUUUUUUGGGUUGGGGGACUGUUUUUCACGGACUCAGUCAUACCUCUCCUCACUAUAUGAAGUGCAACUGCACACAUAUAGUACGAUAUAAACAAGUAGUUGAUGUGCUAAGGAAGUGAUGUGAAGACAUAAGUUGUGCAAAUCAUAAAAAGAACGACGCUCUCGUCGGUUUGAUGUCUCCACGGGGUGAAACAGGAAAACCCAUAAUUUCUGUUAUGCUCCUAACAAUACAUUUUGCAGAUGUUGCAAUGUAGUGUUUGUCUCAGUCUGUUUUUUCUUCAGCCUUUCUAUUGCCAAGUCCAAUGUAUAAUUUCUGAGCUAUAAACUGUCAGGAUUUAGUUGUUCUGCCUUUGUACUAGGCAGGUGGGCCUGGGAACAUCUGCUCCAUCAGAAAGCUUCGCUGAUGGAUCAGUCCUUGUUGUGCUUGAUUGCGAGAUUCACGCCACAUAGACUCUACAAAAAAAAAAGAAAAAAAAGAAUUUGUUUCUGAAGUGACAGUCCUUUCCCUGGGUGAAGUUGCAGUUUGUAAGUAAAUGAAUUUUGCUUCUGUAGUUUGCAGAGUCCAGCAUAUAUUGUCAUUCAGAAAUUAAAUAAAUAAUGUCAAUGGUUUGAAUAUUGAUGGUGAAAGGACACACUGUAUGAUAAUCAUAUUGUGCCGAUUUUGUUUUUUUCCUUCCAGCUUAGACAAAUUCUGUUACGGUUGGGUGUGCACAUGUACAGCCGAUAUGUAUUAUUAUUUAUUUUGAAGAGGCAGAAGUGUGCAAAUGAUGUUUUUAUCCUUUUGCUGAAAAUAAAAUUGACAUUCAGUUCCUUAAAA